AUGCCACUUAUAGCUUCAGCUUUCUUCCUAACACUACUGCAGUGCUCUAAUGCCCAAAAUAAAACAAGCAUUACACCUGCAGACUGUAAUACCAUUGAAACAGAUGCAGAAGUGGCACUGGAUUUGGUCAACAGACAUCACAGAGAUGGCUAUGUUUUUGGUUUACUCCGUGUUGCUGAGGCACAUGAACUACAUAUAGGAAAUUCAUCAGUCCUCUACUUAACUCUGGAUGUGCUGGAAACCGAAUGAUCUGUGUUAUCCAGAAGACACUGGGAGUCUUGUGAAUACAGUGACACCUAUUCCAUGGACUUUGGGCAAUGUAAGAUUAUCACAUAUACAAGCCAGCUGCUGAAGAAACCUCAGCUAUAUGGAUUUAUUCGUACAUUAAGUCCAGUUCCUCCUGAUUUAUUAGAGCGCAAAGAUCGUCCCGUAAAAGCUGAAGUCUUAGAAGUCAUCAAGCAACAUAAAAAUAUCACUGCAAAGGCCCUGGAGAAAUUCAACAGUGAGAGUAACCACACAAACUACUUCAACACGGACAAAGUUGAAAAGAUUUUCAAGAUGUCUACCUCCUGUGAAGGUCACAUUUUAGGAUUCUCUAUAAAAGAGACCAACUGUUCCAAAUCUGCACAACAAGCAGAUCAGGCAUUCGACUGUGAUUUUGUGGAUGACUGGCAUGCUCACAUGGGAUUCUGCAAGGCAAGAAUUAUCAGUGAUCCAGAUGAACCUGAUGGAACAGAUACAAGCUGUGAAAUCUACCAUCCCUGGUGGCAUGACUAUGGGCAAAGAUACAGAUAUUCAACUCUGGGACAGGCACACAGACAUCCCCAUCCCCACCAUCAUUUUGGUCACAGACAUCAUCACAGACAUCAUCACAGGCAUGGAUGUCCACCCUCUUAUCAGUCCAGACCUGAAGAUCCUGUGCAUAACCAUGGUUUCAACGAAGAACAUCAAGACAGCCAUGAAGGACCUGCUCCUCCUCCUCCCCUCCACGGUGGACCACAUCACCACCCUCCUCCUCCUCCCCAUGAUGGACCGCAUCCUCCUCCUCAAAAGGAACCACAACAUUCCCCUUCUCCUCCUCCCCAUGAUGCACCACAUCCUCUUCCCCAAGAGGAACCAUAUCAUCCCCCUUCUGCUCCUCCUCCCCAUGAUGCACCACAUAAUCCUCCUCUUGGUCACCAUCAUGAACCACACUGUCCUCCCCCUCCUCAUGGACAACAUCACCACCAUUCUCCUCCCCAUCACGGACCACCUCACCCUCUUCCUCCAGGACACCCUCCUCCUCUCUAUCAUCACUGUUACAGACAUCACUGCAACAAGACAAGCAUAUUGGGAAAGCACUUUCCAUUCCAAAUAACAGGAGCUGUCUAUCACAUUCCAGUUCUAAAUCAGCAGGAUUCUUUCACACCUCCCACUGCAAACUUUCCUGAGCUAUCCAAAAGCAACCCUCACUCCUCCAGCACUGGUGAAGGUAUUCCCUUCACUGGCUCAAGUCUAAAGCAGAUGCCAGAAGCUCCAGGUUUUCCAGAUCACCCUACACAAUGAAAUUCAUGCCCAGGAAACACCAGACUUGUUAUUCCAAAUAUUUUGCCUUUAUUUCCACAUAGCUUCAUGGCAGAAAAUUCUCCUACAUGA